AUGACGUCCAAGUUCACCGCCGCCGAGCUGAAGCGGUUCCGCGCCUUCCUUGACGCAGCCAUCGACCGCGAAGAACACGGUCCCUCCUCCGACGACGCGGACGCUAUUAGGCGGCAACUCUGGGACGAGAUACGUGUACAUCUCGGGGUUAACGGCAUGUCUACGGGCCUUCCAGAUCUUGACCAACUCGUCGAAGACAUCUUCCAAGGCAAGUCGAAUGUCAGCCUCCAAGGUCCGGUCGUGAUCUUGCCAGCUGCGCCUGGUGUUCCAAGUGCCGCACCCCCGGUUGUGACCCAGCCAGCCGCGUCCGGCGUUCCCAGAGCAGCAACCCCGUCUAGGCCAUCCACCAAGUCUUCAGGCAAGAGACCAGCUACGCCGUCUAAGAAGUCCUCCAAACGGAAGGCCGGCGCCGGCGACACCGUCUCCAAGUCGUCCGCCAAGAAGCUGCGCUCUUCCCAGAAGUUGACGCUUCCUUCAUACGACUACGCCAAGCUGAUCGACGUGAAUCCCAACGCUCCUCGGGUCGUGCGAACCGCGAUUGCUAUUGUUCUCCACAAGGCUGAAGAAGCCGGCAAAGUCCCUUGGCGUCUGGCGUACCCCUGGUCGGGUCGACCCCUGUGGUAUGACCCAGCGGAGAAUCAAGACAUUCAUCGCGCUCCCUGGCGGUUCUGGAUGACCCACAGGCGUGCUUUCUGGGAGUGGGCGUUCCACGCCCCCCUCGAGACAACCUCAGCCCAGUCUAAUUGCCGCAAGCUCAAAAUGCGAGCUUCUCAUGCUCGCCUGACCUUUACGAGCCU